AUGAGCGAAGGAACAUCGCAAAAAUUGACGGGUAGUCAGAAGAGAAAAGCGACACGUGAGUUUUUUGUUUCAUUGAGUACGGUAGGGGAUUGGGGACAUUUGUAUGAGUUUUUGUGUGUCACAUGAGAAAAAUGUAGAUACAAUUUUUCAUGGGUGGUCAAAAUGUGUAGAGUUUUUAUGAUUACUGUAAUAAUUUAUGUCUUUGUGAAAUUUUUGGUUGGAAUUCUUUUGAGAAACUAUGGAUUUCUUAAAAAUUCUGAAAGCUCUAAAAAUUAACUGAAAUAGUUUUAAUUACCCAAAAGAAGUUUCAAAUUUUUUAAACCGAAUUUUGAAAUUUCAAUUUUAAAUAAAAAUUGUGGAUCAUUCAUAAUUCCGAAAAUUCUUAAUUUUCUACGUUCAUCAAAAUCCUGACCCUUACCAAAAAUAAAUUUUUCACCUGCCUAAAAUCUAGUCUCUUCCCUUUUCCCUUAAUUUUUUUUUCGAAUAUAUUGAAAAGUCGAAAAUCUUCAUCGCGUGUCUUGUAAAAAAACCAAUAAAAUUUUGUCAUCUCCCCUUUUUUUCUUCAUUCGGAUUUCAUUUUUUCUCCAUUUUUCAUUUGUCAUUCAAAAAAACGCCUUUUCUCCAUAAAUGAACCAACCAACAAAAAAAUAGAUUGAAAUAAAACAAGGCACCAACAACGAAAAAAAACAUACAUACACAGAGCACUCAUUACAUUUCAUUUCAUUUCUUCGUCUGAUUUUGUGCCUCCAUUUUCUUCGACUCCUUCUUCUUCUUCUUCUUUUUUAUUGCUUCAUCUUGUUUUAUGUAGCACAUACAUAUAUGGAGUGUCCAUAUUUUCGUGAGAGAAGAUUUAUUUCCGGCUGCCUUCUUUUUCCUUUUUUUGGGAUAUGGAUAGAUAGGGGAAAAUGUGUUUUUUUUUUGAAGAAGAAGAAGAAUGAAGAAGAAAGAAAGGGACAGUUAUUGAAAAUGGGGGAUUCAAAUGGUAACUUGAGAAUAUGCGAAAAAAUUCCACAGUAGAAAUUAGGAAGGAUUAUUAUUUUUUGGAAACUUUGGAAGAUUUGUAAAGUUCUUAUCAUAACACUGGAGAACAUAGGUUUUUAAAAUUUUACAAAUUGUAUGUAAUAUUAAUUGUUCACCACAGAAGUUCAGAAGUCGAAUUACGUCUAGAAUACAGAUAGAAAUAGACUUCCAGACAAAUUCUCAUGAAAAUUGUAUUCUGGACAUUUGUCUACAUAUUUUUUGAGAAGUUCAGAUGACCAAAUCUUGAAAUUCAUUGGUGUUCACAAUAUUAUAAUUUUGAUUCAUUUCAUUAUUCGAGAGACCACCCACAAUGGUUUUUCUAUUCUAUUAUAGAAGGAAAUCAAAAGAUAAUUGAGUUUCAAUAACCCCUCCCUUUGAAACUCAUGAAAUUUUCCAUUUUUUUCCAGAUCCAUCACACAGUCCAAUCACACACGUCACUGAUCCACAACAAACAUUGAAUGAUAUUUUGAGCAGUGAGUUAUAUUUGUCAGUUUUGAAAUUUUUAAUCAAAAAAUAAUAUUUUCAGUGACAACACCUCGUAUAAAUGGUGCAUCGGGUUCUCGACCAUUAGUGGCGCUUUUAGAUGGUCGUGACUGCACAGUAGAAAUGCCUAUCUUGAAAGAUGUGGCUACGGUAGCAUUCUGUGAUGCACAAUCUACACAGGAAAUUCAUGAGAAGGUUUGUCUUUGUGUAUGCGUGUGUUUGGGAGAAAAUAUAUGUGUAUUUUUACAUUUCAAUUCCAUUUUCAAUUUCCUUUUGCUUUUCAAAACGAUAGAACAGAAUAGGAUAGAAUAGAAUAUGAUUAUGAGUUAGUCUCGUCUUCUCAUCUUCUUCUUCUUCAUUUUCGACACACAUACAAAAUAAAAAAAAAAGAAAAGCUGCCAAGAAAACGAGGAGAGCAAAGCAACGGAUGCUCAUCCUUGCUAAUUUAUUUAUAAUGUCGUCGCACUCCGCCUUUUCUUCGCCAACAACCACCCGAAAAUAUCUUUUCUCUCUAUACGCGCGUUAUAUAACAAUUUUGUCGCGUGUAUAUGAGAGUUGUUGUUGAUGUGGGUUCGUAGAGUUGUUGAGAAAUGAAAACGGGAUUCAUUUUUUGUUGGGUAGAUAGAUGGAUGAAUGAAUAAAUAUGAGCAGAUGAGUGAGGAUUUUCAUUUUACGAUGACUAUUUAAUUAAGCAGAUAUUAUGAGCAAGUUAUUCAAUAUGGAAAGGAAAUUUCAUUUUUAAAAAUUUUAGAAAUAAAAAGUCUUGGAUCGUGGAGCAGCAGUUAAAAAAAAAACUUCACCACUUCAAACUUUAUUUGGAAUCUCAAUAAAUUACUAAACGAUUUCCUGAAUCAAUAAUCUGCAAAAAAUCCCUGAAAACCAAACAUCCAGAAUCUACAACAGAAAUAGCUCUAAUUAAUAAACUCUGUAAAAAAAUCAAAUUGGCUCAAUCGGAAUGAGUAUGACACACUAUUCUUAAACUUUAGUUCCAAAAAAACUUCAAUAAACCUCAUAAUAAUUAGUAAAAUGCAUGUUAGCAAGAUAAAGCUCUUAUUCAUUCACAAUCAUGAAAAAAACACUUAAAAAUACAUAUUUGACAGAUCUGUAGAUUACAGUCUCUACCAGUUAAAAGACAGUUACAAAUUCUAUUAUUUUCAGGUUUUGAAUGAAGCAGUCGCUGCACUUAUGUAUCACUCAAUUAAACUUGAAAAAGAAGAUUUGGAAAAAUUCAAACUUCUCCGCGUCGUUUUCCGCAUAGGGUCCGGAAUCGACAAUAUUGAUGUGAAAGCCGCCACAGAAUUGGGUAUUGCCGUUUGUCAUGCACCAGGGGACUAUGUUGAAGAAGUCGCCGAUUUUACACUGUCAUUAAUUCUCAAUCUUUAUCGUCGUACAUUUUGGCACGCUAAAGCUUUCAUUGAAUCGCGAAAAGCCAUUUCAGCGGAUCAAGUCCGUGAAACUGCAUCGGGUAGCAAGAAAAUGCGGGGAAGUGUUCUUGGAUUAUUGGGUUGUGGUAGAGUCGGAACAGCGGUUGGACUACGUGCUAAAGCUUUUGGAAUGACUGUCGUGUUUUAUGAUCCAUUUGUCAAAGAGGGUCUCGAUAAAGCUCUCGGUUUUGAGAGGUGAGUUCUUUGAAUUCUUGAAUUUCUUGGGAUUUUUUUCAUUUGAAAAAGAAUUCGAACUUUAUUUCAUAUCAACAUUUUGCAGAGUAUUCUCAUAUGAAGAUUUUUUCAAUCGUGUCGAUUGUAUUUCACUCCACUGCCCACUUGCUGAUGAUACUCGCCAAGUUAUCAACAGCGACACUUUGAAACAAUGCAAACCUGGUGUAUUCAUCGUGAACACUAGUCGUCCUGGCCUCAUCUGCGAAUCAGAUUUAGCUGCAGCAUUAAAAAAUGGGCACGUUAAAGGAGCUGCACUCGAUGUUCAUGAAAAUGCGCCAUAUGAUGCUAAUAUUUUGAAUCCACUUCUUGGUUGCCCAAAUAUUAUUAACACUCCUCAUGCUGCUUGGUUGAAUGAAACUUCUUGCAAAGAAUUGCGAGCUCAAGCAGCAAAAGAAGUUAGAAAAGCAAUUACUGGAAGAUGUCCAAAUGAUUUGGGUUUCUGUAUUAAUAAGGAGGCAUUGAUGCAAAAUGGACAUGCAAAUAAUCAAAGAAGAGCAAGUUCGGCUCAUAACAAUUUAUUGAAUAUGUCAAACUUCGGUGUGUUGAAAAUUUGUUGAUUUUCUGGUUAACUGUGUUUUUCCAGGUUUUCCAGGACUAUCAAACUUCCCACAAAUGUCAAUGAGCCCACAUUUCCCAUAUGGAAAUCCGCUUCUUGCCAUGGGUGCACAAAUGGGUGCACUCAAUCCUCUCCUUUUGAACAAUCCAGCGCUGGCACAAUUCAACCCGGCUGCCGCUUUGUCUUCAUUAGCUGCUGCACAAGCUGCACAUGCUCAAAGAACAUCACCUACAAAUCCAUCAAGCCAUUCGAGCCCGAGCCCACAUACCAAUAAGUCAUCAGUUAGUCCGAGUUUGAAUGGUGGAUCUGGAAAAACUGACCCAUCUUCACCAUCUGUUAAAAUUGAGGUAAGAGUUUGUGACUCGAGCUUUUUUCUAGAAAUUCAAAACUAAUUGUUUUUUUUUUCAGGCAAAAGAAGAAACUGAAGAAAAUGGAAAUGCUGAAAGUAGCUCAACAAAUGGAGAUAGUGGCUCCGAAUCAAAUGGCGUGAAUAAAAAAUCAAUUUCUUCAACUGAUGAAAAUUGUGAGAUGGAUUUGAUUGAUGCGGAAAAAUUGAAAGAAGAUCUCAAUAUUGGUGAAUUGGACCAACCCGAAGAAAUUACUGUUGGACUUAACGGAAACCGUGUAAAUAUUCCGGACACGGAAAAUCUACCAACAUAA